GAUCUCCUAUUUUAGCUCGUGACCAUUAGGUGGCGCUGUUCGAUGUUGGUGAAAAGAAGCGUAGACUAUUAUCUCCUCGGCUUCCGUAGCUUACGAAAGCAACUGUUAGCAUCUCCGCUAAUCGUGCUUGUAGCUGCUGACAUUGAGCUCCCACAAACUGAACGCUAACUUUAUUUGGAAUUUAAACAGGUUACCUUUUAAAGGUUGUCGUCAUGGUAACGGCAAAGCGCCUCGCAGACAUCGGAUAUCGGGCCUUUUCGGGUUCCAUGAUGCUGCUGACCAUCUACGGGGGCUACCUGUGCGCCAUGAGGGGUUACCGCUUCAUGCAGAGGCAGAAGCAGCUCCAGCUGGCUGCUGAAAACCAGGAUCCGGAAGUUAUUAAGGACUGAUCGACUGUACCACUGUAACCCCCACCCUUUUAAUGUUAAUGUUAUUCCCUGCAGGACAUUUGGGAUGCAAUGCUGUAUGUGUACCAUAUUAAAGGUGUAACUGCACCGCAUGAAGAACAGCA